UGCAGGACCUUCACGAUCCAUUCAAGCCAGCAAGUUUGGAGAGCGUGUUGAGUUUAAUCAAUUCAUAACGUCGAGAUGGAGCCGAACUCACUGAAGUGGGUGGGCUCGUCUUGCGGUUUACAUGGACCAUAUAUAUUCUAUAAAGCCUUUAAAUUUAACCGGGACGGUAAACCGAGGAUUCUGUCUCUCGGAGACUUUUUCUUCGUCAGAUGUAAACCGGAGGAUCCUAUUUGCAUAGCGGAGCUUCAGCUGCUCUGGGAAGAAAGAACAAGCAAGCAACUUUUAUCAAGCUCCAAACUUUAUUUUCUACCCGAGGAUACUCCCCAGGGACGGACAGGCAUUCAUGGAGAGCACGAGGUAAUUGCAGUGUCUGAGAAGGUGAUUGUGCGGCUGGAGGACUUGGUGAAGUGGACGGUACCAGACUUCUCAGGAUGGACCCACUGUCUGAAGGCCGAGCCUCUCAAACCCUCUGUGCUUCGGGAGCUGGGGACCAACGGGAGGCGGGAGGCCCUCCACCGCUACCGGGAGAGCACCCUGACCAGCGGACUCAACUUCAAGGAUGUCCAACGGGAGAGGGCACAGCUUGGCCAGGAGGAGGACGGGAGGAAGGUUCUGGUCCUCAGUUACCCACAGUAUUGCCGGUUCCGCUCAGUUUUGGCGCGGCUCAGAGAGCAGCCGUCCUCUCUGCUCAUAGACCACACGGUGCUAGCGUUGGGGGGCAUCGCUGCGUUGGGCGGUAGCACGAGGAUCCUGUACUGCCGGGACACCUUCGAACAUCCGGCCCUGCUGCAGAACGAGAGCAUCUGUGACGAGUUUGCUCCUAACCUGAAGGGGCGACCUCGGAAGAAGAAGCUGUCCACCUCUCAGAGGAGGGACUCCCAGAGUCAGGCUCAGGGUCAAGGUUCAUCGGGGUCAACCCAGGGGUCAACAGCAGUGGCAGCACAGGACCCCUGCAGCCCAGACAGCAGAACUACUACCAAGGUCAAACCUAACUGUAAAAUGGUACCCAACGGAAAAAUCCCCCCGGCAGCCAAACACAGGGCCUACGGCCUCAGCAAGAGAUCCUCAGCUGAGGAGAAGGAGAGAGGGAAGGAUAAGGAAAAGGAAAAAGAGGAGAGGAACGAGAGGGAGGAAAUGAAAGAGGAGGAAACAUCAGAGGAGAGUCAAGCAGAGGAGCAAGCAUUCUUAGUAGAGCUCUACAAGUACAUGAAAGAAAGAGACACGCCCAUAGAGAGGAUCCCCUUCCUCGGCUUCAAACAGAUCAACCUUUGGACCAUGUUUCAAGCUGCUCAGAAACUAGGAGGAUAUGAGUUGAUCACAGUCCGCAGACAGUGGAAGCACGUAUAUGAUGAAUUGGGCGGGAACCCAAGCAGCACAAGUGCCGCCACGUGUACACGGAGACACUACGAGAGGCUCCUCCUUCCCUAUGAGAGGCACGUUAAAGGCGAGCAUGACAAGCCCCUCCCCUCGCUCAAACCCAAGAAGCAGGAGGGCGGCCAAGAGAAGGCUUCAGGAGCCAAAGCCAAAGGAGUGGGGGCCAAGAAAUUCAAAGGCUCCAACAAUCCCAAGCUGGGGAGUAAAAAGGACGGAGGGGAGGCGGUGAAAGACCAAGAACAAUCACAGGACUCCAAGGGGAAAGAGGAGGAUCAUGAGCUGCCCACAAGCAUAAAACAGGAGGUAUCUCUGAGAGAUGAACCAAUUGUAAUAGAGGAGGAAGAGUUACACGUUACCCUAAAGAAAGAGGAGUCAUUGGCAGUGGAGCAGCCAUCUUCACUCUGCCCCAAAGAGCCAGACUGCAGAGCCCCACAUGCUGGUCUGUCCCUCCACACGGGGCCCGGUCCCCGGCCUGAAUGGAGGCAAAUCAGCGAGGCCCUCCAAGCGAAACUCUCCUGUGAAGAGCAAACUGAAGGGCAUUUCAUUCCUAAAAUCCCUUACCUGCCUCACCGUUGGGAUCAGAACAGACCUGCUGGACAUGUUGCUCUGCCCGAGCCCUCCUCCAGGGUCAAAGACUCCAUAGAAAGUCAUGGUGGGAGAGUGGGGAAAGUGUUACCGAUGUGUAAGCAGGCAGACAGACAGUGUAUAGACUUGAGCACAGAUUCCUUCCCAGAGAAAGAAGACUACGUGGCCAUUAAGAAGGAGUCAACCCAGAACCCCGCACAGACGGCUGCCUACUGCAAAUCCAGCCAGGGGGUCAUGUCUCCUUUAGCCAAAAAGAAGCUCCUCUCCCAAGUGUGCGAGUCCAACCCUUUCUCCUUUACGUCUCCUUCUCUUCAGCCGCCACAUCCCACAGCGACCUCCUCUCUCCCUGUCAUAUCAGUACCUGAAAGGGAGAGGGAGAAGAGAAAGGGUGACGAGGAGGUGGUAGGACAUAGGCACGGGUGUGUGUCAGACAGCAUCCCGGAGGUAGCGCCCAUAUUCAGGCCAUCAGUCAUACAGCAUGCCCAGAGCAGCAAGCCUCACCAACAAGCUGCCGGCGGCCCCUCAGAGAGGAGCGCCGCCGGGGAACUCUCCGAGGCGUACAGCUGCCGGACCAGCCGUCACCUCCAGCCUCAAGUCAAUCCGCCAUGGCAGCCCUACCUCCCCAAUGCCCAUGCCCAGGAUGCCGUGGAGAACGCCGGGGAGACGCUACUCCAGGGCCCAGCUUCUCAGCCUCGGAGCUACACGGGCGACUGCUACUCCUCCCCUCACCUCCACAGUCUGUACAGGCAAACUGAGAACUGCCUGAGCCAGGAGAGGAUGGUUGGUUUUCCCAACGGAGAUCGGAGAGAGCGCUACAUUAGAGACCAUGAAAGCAGCUUUGUCUGUGGCGGCCUGGAGCAAGAGGGCUUGGCCUACAGAUCUCACUACGGAGACAGGACUCAAACACACUUAGAGAGGAGAGAGGCAGACGAUGAGCCCAGAGACUUUACAAUCGCUAAACCUCUCUCUCAAAGGGGGUCGUCCUUCUCGAAGCCCUCUUUCUGCAGUCUCCCUUAUCACAUCAUGCACCAGGGUUUGGAUUCCCACCCUAAGGCGUGCAGAGUUCCUCCCAUGACCAUCUCCCCCCCCAAACAGAACCCAGCAGAAUCAUCGCAGCCAUUUCCCAGCCCGAAAGCUCCAAACAAUUCGUCCCUCGCCAGCCCCAUUCGACCCAGUAAGCGAAGCCUCGUGGAACCCGACGGUGAGGACGUUCCAGAGAGGAAGGUCCGUGUGGUGACGCCAGUCCACCCGGCCGGCGCAAUCCGACGCAGCGACCCAGAAGAGCUGAAACCAGCGGAGCCGGCCCACGCCGUUCACCUCAACAACCAUCUCCCUGAGGGCCACCCAACCACUACCUACCCUCCACACCUCUACACUGCCAUGUACCCACCCGGCAGCCUGAUCUCCCACGGAGACGGACUGCACCCGGGUCUGCAGUACCUAAAGAGCCAGUCGGCAGUGUCUCCCCUCAUGCCCCCGCUAGCCUUCCACUCAAUGAUGCUUCACAGGCAGCUGCUGGCCGCCAGUCCCACCCCACACCACUUCUACAGGCACCCGGGCGGGGCAGCACUGUACGGGGACCUGCUGCACCACCUGUACCCUCUCUCCACCCUCCCUCCACCUCAGCUGUCUUCGGUACACCCCAGCACCAGACUGUGAGAGGAUGAAUCACUUCACCCUCUCCUUCUUCAUCAUCACAAACUUUCAUUCAGCUUCUCUCUUGUCUUUCUGUCUCUCUUGCUCGGGGAUUGUGGCUCAGUCUAAAAUAAACACUGAUUAUAAAACUUAUCACAGACUGAUAAACGCAUCAUUCAGACUGAAAAUUCCAUUCUCUUUUUUUUAUUUGUGUUUGCCUUUGUUUAUAUACUUUGCACUGUUCUUUGUUUGUAUCACCACUUACUGUAUAUUUUUUGUUGUUGUUCUCGUUGUAUCCUUAUUUGCACAAUGCUCGUGUGUAUGUGCUCACAAAUCAGUUUGCCGCUCUCGGUCACCGUGAGUCAGGUUGUUGCUCUGAACGUGUGAAAAGUGGCGGGCAACAGAGAAAAGCCAUUUGUUUACUGCAUCUGAGGGCUAAACUGUUUUUGCUUAAAAACACUACGCAAGUAACAUGAUGACGUAAAUGAAAAUUCUUUAUAUAACUAGAGGUGCGUUCGCCUUGCAAACAAUGUUCAAGAGCUGUUUAGUGCAUUAUCACACUUUAGACAGCCAGGGGUGUUGCGUCUGUUUACAUGUCUCCACGCUGAAAGCUGAUGCCGGCUUGUGCCACAGUAAAUCCACCUGGACUCCUUGGCAUAGACGUUAACGCUCAAUGCGGUGCUGAAUAUAGCUGUGUCAUAACAUUCAGAGGUGCUGUGUAAAACAUAUGUACUGUAGACUCACAUUUUACUCGGUUCAGGUCUUUGUUCGUUAUAUAUUUCAGUCCAGAUUAUACAACACAAAGCAGUUGUCAUGUUCAAUCUGUUGACAAUUCCCGAAUGUUUUUUAGUGAGUUAAUGAACAGCCGUUUUAAUUUUUACUCUCCGAAUUGAAAGUAAUUUGAUCCUAAAGCCCCUUGUGAUGAGUAGACUGUAGCAGCUUGUUUUUGUCUGUCGGACCAGCAUAAUGAAGCAGCCGUCUGCUGUGGAAUGCUCACCACAAGAAAUCAGCAUUUCAUCUUUUUGUUCUUGACUUGAAAAGACUCUUUUUUUUAUUCAGCACGCUGAAAAGACUCACUGUAUGAUUUAAUAGGAAUGUUGUCACUUAGGAUAUUAUUGCUUUGCAAAUAUCUGUGCCUUUCGCAGUCUUGGAUUAGAGUUAGCACUACAGUUGUUAAGGUUUAUCUUCUGUAGCAGGGUAGAAAUAUCAAUAUUACUGUCACUCUUGUCUGAAAUGCAGCGCACAGACACUCAUACAAAAACUAAAUGGCACACUUGGCUUUCAGACACCAGACUUGAUAGGUAAGGCACAACAUGUUGAGUUUUUGAAAAUGUAAACAGCUAUGCUUUAACCUUCUGGUUAGUGCUUGUUCUUUAAUGACUCUAUUUACUUAGCUGUGUCAGACAGUCAAUUAUAGCAGAACCUGAAAAGAUUUAUAUAUUGACACAGGUCUGGUGUCUGUCAUCCGCAGGGCAUGUGUGCUUUAGGUGUUUUCUAGCAGUGAUGAAAAGCUACCAGACUCCAUAAAAUAUGCCGACCAUGCUCCAUGGCCUGAGGUGAAACAACAACACCUGCUCUGGCUUUUACAACCACUAUAAUUGCAAACCAGGAUAGUCGAAAUACACAGUCAAAUAUGUCUGGUGUUUCAAAAGAAGAAGAAGAAAAAAAAAGAAGCUGUAAACGUCUAUGUGUAAAGUUUAACUGAAUACUUAGGUAAAGACAUCCAUUUCUGAUAAAGUACUGUACAUUGCUGUGUGUAGGUAAAACUGGCAUUAGUGCCGGCUCCUGUACAGAACGUUCAUACGGGAUCAAUCCAUGACAACCCCUAUCUCUCUUGUCUUAUUUUCUGUGUAAAUAGCACUGUAGAUAGUACCGUGCGUGGUUGUUAUCAUAUAAACUGUUAUAAUCUGUAAAUAGUACAAAAACAGUAUAAAAGUCGGUUACACAAUCUAGCUGGGUCCAAGGUCACCGUGAUCAUGUUAGAUUUAAACACUACAAUUUAAGGUUUAGGAUACUAUUUUUAUUUCUUGUCGUUUCACUUUUUUUCCUCCACGUUGUUUCCAUUAAUGUGCAUCCUGAAAGUGUUUUUGAUACAGUAGCCAUCUGUUUACCAAUCACCCAGCUGGCGAGCAAGACAAAAAAAUAAAGACAUUUUGUAUGAUAUGACCUCCUGUAUAUUUAAUUAAAAUAUUUUACUAUCUACUCGUGUUUCCUCAGUUGUGUUCUUUGACUGAAGUGCAGAUAAAUAGCGAGGGCUGAAUAAACUGAUAUUUAAUGCCAGUGUACUAACGUCAAUGUGAUAUUCUUUUCUUUCCCCUGAGUAAAUGCAGUGUGAAUGGGGUUGUAUUAUUGUAAUACCAUUAUCUGGCUAUGAGAUUCCAUCCGCCUUAAUCUUCACAACAGGCUACCUCUGGGCUCAAAGCCAGAGGAGCCUCUCCAGUAUUUGCUGCAGUAGAGAAAUGUGCCAGUGCAUGUAUCUCUAUGGGAUAUGUGUUGGGCUGCAAUAAAAGCUAUGCUUCGACUUUUAUUGCCACCCCCUGGUAAACCUUUACCAUGAAAAAUAUGCAGUAAUACCUCCAAGCUCAGCAAAAAUAAAGCAGCCUCACCAGGGUAGAAUGUAGGCCGUUUUAUUGCAGAUCAGCAAUAAAAAAAAAAAAAUACAGUUAAGAUUCCAAGAUAACGGGGAACAGAGUGAGGAGAAAAUUGUACUUUUGGAGAAACAAAAAUUAGAGAUUUUUAUUUUUUUUUACAUUGCACUAUACACAAAUUAUUCUGCGCUAGGAAGAAGAUUAAUGUAUCCCUGCUUACUAGUACAUAACCGCAGUGCCACUUAAAGUCUAAAUAAUUCAUAUGCUAAAGUAAAAUUGAGAUGACUUGGCAGUAUUAUACUAUGAAAAGGAAUUACAGAACAUUUAAAUCAAAAACAAGACAAAAAAACUACAAAUUAUUGCCGUCAUGCGUAAUUAAUACCUGACAAGACAUAUAAAAGACAGACAUUACAAAAACAUUGUAAAUUUGGCUCAUUAGUUUGGCUCCGAUAAAAAAAACGUUCAGUCCUUGUUUAGUCAUAAAACAGUUGUACAUUUACAUCACAUGCUUUCCCUC